AUGGAUCUUAGAAAAACACUGAUCGGCGAAGCAAUCGACGAUAUGGAGGCUCCGGUCAAUUUGCAAUACCGCGAUAGCCAGCACCAAAACAGCAUGUUGCAGGCUUUGAACACGAUGCGGAAAAACGAUCGGUUUUGCGAUGUUAUUUUGCAUGUGGGUACUGCGGCAAUAUCUGCUCACAGAGCUGUAUUGGAUGCCCGUCGCGAUGCAGAACCGGUGCCAAGUUACCGGCUUAACGGCGGCAUGACCAAAUGUGCCCUGCAAGCACUAGUGGAUUAUGCUUACACUGCAGUAUUAGAUGUACCUGAUCAUGAGGUUAAAGAAGUGUACCUCGGAGCCUGGCAACUUCGUAUGGAACGUGUCGUGAGUGAAUGCGCUCGCCAUUUAGUAUCCCGGCUAACUGAUGAAACCUGCAUUGAAACACGAUCUCUACCAGGAAUUGCCAAAAACCGCGAUUUUGUAUCGCGUGUUGAUCGCUAUAUCUCUGAUAGAUUCAUCGCGACGGACGGUAACGGCAGUUGUGGUGUCAGCAACACACCAGCAUUUUUGGCUCUAAAUUGUGUACAGAUUGAAGUUCUUCAUCAGACAAGACAAGAAAUGUCACUAGUUGCUCCUGGUUCUUUGUGCAGACUUGUUUUGGACUGGGUUAAGAGGCAGAUGACCGAAGAAACUAUCACCGUAAAUCAAUUGAUGGAGAGAUCUCAUUUACUCUACUUGGCUAUAGAUAAUUCGCUUCAAGAUUGUGCCCAAAUGCCACCGGGCCAAGAUUCUGAAUUGGUCGAAGAUUAUAAAAAAAUGUCUCAAAAUGUCCAACCAACAAAGGUCGCAGGAAAUGUUUAG